AUGGCGACAACAAUGCGUGGGUUAACGCAGUUCAUUGCGGACAUUAGAGGUGCACGAGUGCGAGAACUGGAGGAGAAAAGAAUCAACAAGGAGAUGGCGAAUAUACGAAAGAAAUUCAAAGAUGGAAAUCUGGAUGGAUAUCAAAAGAAGAAAUAUGUUGCAAAAAUUAUAUUCACGUAUAUCUUGGGGUACAAAGUCGAUGUCGGACACAUGGAAGCUGUCAACCUCAUCUCGAGCCACAAGUACAGCGAGAAGCAGAUUGGAUAUUUAGCUGUGACUUUAUUGAUGCACGAGAACUCCGACUUUCUGCGGCUCGUCGUGAAUUCGAUCAAGAAGGACCUGGAUGACAACAGUGAAGUCAAUAAUUGUUUGGCGUUGCAUGCUAUUGCGAAUGUUGGUGGACAGGAGAUGGCAGAGGCGCUUGCGGAGGAUGUCCAUCGCUUGCUGAUUUCACCAACCUCACAGAGCAUGGUCAAGAAGAAGGCUGCUCUUACUUUGUUGCGACUGUAUCGAAAACAUCCAGAUGUUAUACCUGCCGCUGAAUGGGCUUUACGAAUAGUGGCAAUCAUGGAUGAUAUGGACCUUGGAGUCGUAAAUUGCGUCACUAGUUUGAUCAUGGCGAUGGCUCAGGACCAUUUGGACGUAUAUGCCGUGUGCUAUCAGAAAGCCGUUGACAGGUUGCAUCGACUCGCCAUUGAGAGGGAAUAUUCAGCGACCUACGCUUACUACAAGGUUCCAUCACCGUGGCUUCAAGUCAAGUUACUGCGUCUCUUACAGUAUUACCCACCGUCUGACGAUCCAUCUGUACUCUCGGCAUUACAUGAUGUUUUACAAACAGUCAUGACCAACUCUGCGGAGCAAUCACGAAACGUGCAACACAACAAUGCGCAAAACGCUGUCCUUUUCGAAGCCAUCGGGCUAGCUAUCCAUCUCGACACGAACUCGCCGUUAGUCAGCACAGCUGCUAUCCUCCUUGCUCGUUUCAUCAGCUCAAAAGAGACAAACGUCCGUUACCUCGGUUUGGAUACCAUGGCACACCUGGCUGCUCGUGUAGACUCAUUAGACUCUAUCAAGAAGCAUCAAGGAACAAUUAUUCUCUCGUUGCGGGACAAAGAUAUCAGUGUUCGAAGACGAGCACUAGACCUUCUAUACAGCAUGUGUGAUACAGACAAUGCGGAACUUAUCGUUGGCGAGCUCCUCCAAUAUUUGAAAGUGGCAGACUACGGCCUCAGGGAAGAGAUGGUGCUCAAGAUCGCCAUCCUGACAGAAAAAUACUCGACGUCCUACAAGUGGUAUGUUGAUACCAUUCUGCAGCUCAUUAGCGCAGCAGGCGAUCAUGUCAGCGAGGAAGUAUGGUAUCGAGUAGUUCAGAUCACGACGAAUACAGAAGACCUGCAGGUGUACGCUGCGAAGGUUGUUUUCCAACACUUGCGAUCGCCUUCAAGCCAUGAAAGUUUGAUCAAAGUCGGAGGUUAUGUCCUCGGUGAAUACGGACAUCUCAUUGCAAACGAACCAGGCUACAGUCCUUCAGACCAGUUCAUGGUUCUGCAUGCGAAGUCGCAAUUCUGUUCCGCUCCGACUCGAGCUCUUCUAUUAUCAACAUACAUUAAAUGGGUCAAUGUUUUCCCUGAAAUAAAGCCCCACCUUGUAGCCGUAUUUGAGCGAUACCGGCAUGUUCUGGAUUCCGACUUACAGCAACGUGCUUGCGAAUACUAUGCUCUCGCCUCACGACCCGACGAUGACGAACUGCUACAGAAUGUCUGCGAAGAGAUGCCCCCAUUCCCCGCUCGGGAAUCUGCUCUUCUCGGGAGGCUGAACCGAAAACUUGGAGAUACGGAGGAUAAGAGAACAUGGAUUCACGGAGGCAAGGAGGCGAACUUGGAUCGCGAACUGCUUCGGCAAAAGACGGUCCGGAAGGGAACGUUCUCCUCCGUUGAACAAAACGGGGUGGAAGCUCCAACGUCAGCUCAAGCGGAUGGUAAUGACAUCUUGAGUAGCUUGGCUGGGCUUGACCUGACGUCGAAUUCCGAGUUGAAGUCCGUGCCUGUCGAAGUCAAGCCUCCGAUUCCUCCCGUUACGCAUGGAGCGAACGUGGAUCGCUGGUUCGAAAAGCUCUGUCAUGCCCGUGAAGGAGUCUUGUAUGAGGACGUGCAGAUACAGAUGGGAAUCAAGUCUGAAUACCACAGUCACGAAGGUCGUCUUGCGAUAUACAUAGGAAACAAGAUGUCCGCUCCGCUCACAUCUUUCACUGCCACACUUCAUGUGCACGAUCCGGACGCGGUCUCGGUAUCAUUCUUAAAGAUGCCACCCAGCGCAAUCGCUUCGCGGACUCAAGUCCAACAAUUACUGAAUGUAGAAUGCAAGAAAAUGUUCGGUCAACCUCCGCUUCUGAGCGUCGCGUUCCUCGCGGGAGCUCAUCAAACCGUUACUGUCCGUCUACCUAUAGUGAUCACGAAGUUCGUUGAACAUGUCAAGCUCGGACCAUCCGACUUCUUUGAGCGCUGGAAAAUUAUAGGUGGACCUCCUCGAGAGGCACAGCAAGUUUUCCCGAUGGACUUGGACAGCGCUGGCCAUAUUGACGUCAUCAAGAACAAGGCGAUAGUUUCGGGUCAUGGUUUUGCACUUCUCGAGGAUAUUGAUCCUAACCCGUCGAAUAUCGUAGCUGCCGGUGUGCUCCAUACGACUUCGGCCGGAAAAGUUGGAUGCCUACUCCGACUGGAACCUAAUCGUGAUGCUAAGCUCUGUCGAUUGACUGUAAGAAGUACAUCGGAAGAAGUCGCCGCAGAGGUAUUACAGUUGAUAAUCCGACCUCUUCGAGCUCAGGGAGCUACCUAA